AUGAAGAUUCCAAGUAGGAAUCUCAAUCUGCCUUUUUCAAGUCCGGUUCCAUUACAAACCUUUGCAGGUGGUCAGGUCGACAGCAAUGCCGCUUAUUUUUCAUGGCCUACUUCCAGCCAGGUAACAGAUACUGCUAAAGAUAGGGCACGUUACUUUGGAAAUCUUCAAAAAGGGGUUUUACAUGAAACUAUUGGACGACCACCAUCAGGACAGCAAGCUACAACCCUACUUGAACUGAUGAUAAUAAGGGCAUUUCAUAGCAAAUUUUUGCGGCGCUGUAGUCUUGGCACUGUAAUUGGUUGCCGGAUCAGGCGGGGUGCGAUGACUGAUAUACUAGCUAUUCUUGUUUUUGUUGCUCGAAAAGUUCACAGGCAAUGGCUUAGUCAUGCUCAAUGUCUACCGACUACUCUCAAGGUUCUAAAUUUUGGUGAUUAUGUCAUUAAUUUUGGUUAUAUUCUGGCGGAGGAGAAGAAGGUGAAGGCCGAAACGUGGCUGGCGACGGUGGGACGGGGUGAGUUUUGGGAAGAAGUGUAUGUCCCUUCAAUCUAA